AUGACCUCAAAAGAGUUUUUUAAUGACAAAUUUGCUAGAUUUUAUUUGCACGAGGUUCUUAUAAAAGACCAUUACCGAACUCAAUCCUUCUUCAUGUCGAUGACGAUGAACAAGCAUUUGUUUAGAGACAAAUAUGUGCUCGACCUUGGAUCAGGAACAGGCAUUUUAAGUUUGUUUGCAGCUAAAGCAGGAGCCAAACAUGUGUUUGCUGUGGAAUGUUCACACAUGGCUGAGCUAUCGAAAGAAGUCAUUAGAAAAAACAAAAAGGAUAAAGUUAUAACGGUCAUUCACGACAAGAUUGAGAACAUUUCAAAACUUCCUCUGGGCAUCGACAAGGUUGACGUCAUUGUAUGCGACUGGCUCGGACACUGCCUUCUGCACGAAUCCAUGAUACCGUCAUUAAUAUAUUCUCGGAAUAAAUGGUUGAAACCAGGCGGCUUGAUCUUCCCCGACAAGUCAUCAUUGUACAUAUGUGCCAUUGAAGAUAACCAGUACAAUGAAAACACUACGAAUUGGUGGAGGAAUGUGUAUGGAUUUGAUAUGACGUGUAUGCAUGAAAUCUCUCUGGCUGAGCCAACCAUCAACUUCGUGGACCCAGACAAAGUCGUCACCAACGCUUGUCUUCUGCAGGAGUUGGACAUGGACACAAUGAAAGCCAGUGACCUGAACUUUUCAGCCCCCUUCUACCUCAAGUGCCUGCAGUACGACAAGGUCCAGGCAUUCCUCAUCUACUUUGAUGUCGAGUUUUCUAAAUGCCACACUCCAAUUGCUUUCUCCACAAGUCCUGAUUCACCUUACACACACUGGAAACAAACUAUAUUCUACUUGAAGAAGCCCCUCUCAGUUCAAGAGGGGGAAGAAAUUCAUGGAGUAGUCAGCAUGAAACAGAAUCCUCUUAACAAAAAUCUGCAUAUAACAAUUGACGUCGAGUUUGCAGGACAAUACUCUCUACUGACAGAUACACUGCAUUACAAAAUGUCUUAG